GAGACUCCAUAUGUAACCGAUGAGAAUAGUACACCGCAAGAAAUCCUGAAACGCGUUGGUGAAGGAAAGUAUUCACUGAAUGGUCCAGCUUGGGCGAAUAUCUCGGAAUCAGCAAAAGAUCUCGUCCAGUUGCUUCUCCAUGCUGAUUCGUCCAAACGGCUAUCCGCCGCGCAGAUUCUUACUCAUCCAUGGAUUGUCCGUCGCAAUUCACUGCCAACAACACGACUCAGUUUUGCAAAUGAUCCUUCCAUAGUAAAGAGGCGAGCUGUGCUGAAGUAG